UCUCUGAAUAGCUUCAUUUGCACGUGAAAGAUUUCCCACUCACUCUGUCAAACAUCGGGUUUACCCCGGCUCAUCAACCUACCCCACCUUCCAAAUUAGAAUAUCACCUCAAGCCAUUUUUUCUCUCUCCUCUUCCAUCUUCACUACACUCCCACCUCUGCAAUAACAUAACAUCUCUUUCCACCUUAAAAGAGGAGACAUAACAUAUAUCUUCACCAAAAUGCCACUUUCAUUCCCCAUCUUCAACGACUCUCCACAAGUCCUCCAAAAGCAUCUUGAACAAGCCACUAAACCACAAUAUGUGAUUUUUUUCGCCUCGCUCAAACCCGAGACUAACGAAUCUUGGUGUGGGGAUUGUAGAAAUGCUGAGGCUCCUUUGAGUCGGAUGCUUGAUAAGGCUGCUGCGGAGGAGAGGGUUAGGCUUGUUUAUGCGGGGUUGCAGGCUGAGUAUGUUGUUUAUGAUUUAUUUGAUUGAGUGAUUGAGGGAUUGGUUACCUGGAGAUCUAGAUCUAGAUUUGGCAUGGAAAGAGACGGGGAGAUUGUGCCUUUUGUUUAACCUAUACUAUGGUGAUGAUGAUAGCUGAUCAAGUCGAUUUUUAGAUGGAGGGAUUUGUCACCCGGAAAGAAAAGUCUUUGGAGGGAGGAACCGUGGGGGAUUGAUAGAUUGCCUACGGUGGUGAAAGUUACUGGGGAGGUGAGUUGUUUGCUGUGGUCCUUAUUAAAGUUCGUUGGCUUAUUUGUUGUAGAAGUGGGAGAAAUUGAUUGAGGAAGAUUGUUAUAAUGAGAAGAAGUUGAGUGCUUUUGUUGAGGCAUAGUUAGUUGGGUGUAUUUAUGCAGCAGACAAUAGUCAGCAAGUGAUUUGUUAAAAAUUCAUUGAUGUAAAGUUUGCGGGCUUCAAUUUUCUCCUUUUUUAUCUUAGGCCCCAAUUGCUUAAACGAUUUUAUUGUGGAGUGGUUUUCUGUCAAAACCUUUCAGUGCCUAUUUUAUGGAUUAAG